CUGCAGGUGGAUUUCUGUAAAUUAAACACCCCCGACCAUUUUAUUUAUGCAGACAUCACAUAUCUGAAAAUAAUUUGGACAAGUCCUACUGGCAGUAUUUCCUUUGUGCUUUUAUCUCCCCUCCUCUUCACGUCUCCCUCUUUUUUCCCAUCCUACCAAGCAAAACACUUCAAGUAGGAGUUCUUAACCUUGCUUCAGGGUCUGACCCUCAUGAAGAUCCUUGUAAAAUUGUGUUCUGGGGAAAGUCACGCUCUCUUAGAUCCUCAAAGAAUUCCAUGCACUGUCCUCCCCACUCCCAUCCUAAAUAUUAAGAACCAGUGAUUUGAAGGACAUCGUAGUUAAUCUUACUUGGCAAAGUAAAUAAUUUCAUGUUUGGUCAGAAUAUAGAGGCAGUAACUUCAUUCGUUCACGGCUAAUUUUCUGAGUCCAGGAACCCUCCAACGUCCAAAGUUUAAUAGGUGUCCUAAUUUGUUUGAAGGGCAAAAAACACUUGAAAGUGGACCUGGAGAAGAAAUAAGAAUGGAGGUACUCAGUGACCAAUAUGAGAUUACCUGGAGAUGGGUGGGGGAAAGAGACUGGAUUACAGGCAGGACAGUGGCUGGACUGUUUCCCCUCACUUCGCCCUUUGGGCUUCUAGGCAUUGGGAAGCUGGAAGGAGCUCAGAGACCUCGGAUUCAAUAAGUGAAACCCACUAUGGCCGAGGAUGCUCUCGCGGGUGUGGCGACGGCUUCCCGGAAGACGGCUGCUCCCAGUCGGCCUCGCGCGGAGCACCCUGGGAGCCAUGGGUUGGAACAGGGGCGCUCGUGCCUUGGGCGCCCGGCAGCCGCAGCCCGCACGCGGGGCGGAGCAGUGUUGCGUCGGGUUUCGAUGACACGAGGGCACGCCUCUCUGACGUCCGGGUGCCUUAAGCUUCGUUCCUCAGCCUUUCACCUUUUCGCGCUCGUUGGAAGUCCCGCCUCUUCCCUGGGCGUCACCACCCAGAGCACUCCGUGCACCCAAGCCACGCCUCUUACGAAAGCCAAGGCGGAGGUCCAGAAUCCGGAAGGAAAACAAUCCGGCAAGAACGAGCUAGCCGGGCCCUGCCGCUGGGAGGGUGUUGAUCCGGCCAGGACCUGCUGGGGCGGGGAGACUGGAGUCGGCCUGCCUACUGCGUGGGGACGAUGGCAACCGUGAAUCCAUGGAGGCCGACCGAACCGAGUGGCAGGAAGCUCAGCAUACAUGUCGUGACAUGGAAUAUAGCCUCUGAAGCACCCCCUCUAGACCUCAAUGAUCUGCUUCAGCUGAACAACCAGAACCUGAAUCUGGACAUGUAUGUCAUUGGUUUGCAGGAAAUGAACUGUGGGAUCAUGAGCCUCCUUUCUGAUACUGCCUUUGAAGACCCAUGGAGCAGUUUCUUCAUGGAAGUGCUUUCCCCUCUCAGCUUCAUCAAGGUCUCCUCUGUCCGCAUGCAGGGGCUCCUUUUACUGGUUUUUGCCAAGCAUCAGCAUUUGCCCUUUAUCCAGAUCAUCUCUACUAAAUCCAUCCCCACUGGCUUCUACGGGUACUGGGGGAACAAAGGGGGUGUCAACAUCUGCCUGAAGCUUUACGGCUAUUAUGUCAGCAUCAUCAACUGCCACCUGCCCCCCCACAUGGCCAACAAUGACCAGCGGCUGGAGCACUUCGACCAGAUCCUGGAGAUGCAGAAUGUUGGGAGACAUGAUAUCCCCAACAUCCUGGACCAUGACCUCAUUCUCUGGUUUGGAGACAUGAACUUUCGAAUCGAAGACUUUGGGUUGCACUUUGUUCGGGAGUCCAUAAAAAAUCGGUGCUACGCUGACCUGUGGCAGAAAGAUCAGCUCAACAUUGCCAAGAGACAAGACCCACUGCUCCGGGAGUUCCAGGAAGGCCCCCUGCACUUCCCGCCCACCUACAAGUUUGAUAAGAACUCCGACAACUAUGACACUAGUGAGAAGAAACGCAAGCCUGCAUGGACUGACCGCAUCCUGUGGAGGUUGAAGCGGCAGCCCCAUGCUGGCUCCUACACCCCCGAGCUGCCAGUCCCCGACUUCUUCCUGUCUCUGAGGAGCUACAUCAGCCACAUGAUGUACACCAUCAGUGACCAUAAGCCUGUCUCUGGCACCUUUGACUUGGAGCUAAAGCCAGUGGUAUUUAUCCCAAUGAUCACCCUGAUGCAUGAGGGCCUGUGGACCACGGAGAACGACAUUCUGAUCAGCUACUCCUCCACCCCAGACUUCCUCAGCAGCUCCUGGGACUGGAUUGGACUGUACAAGGUGGGGCUUCGCCACAUUAAUGACUACGUGUCCUAUGUCUGGGUCGGGGACAACCAGGUCUCCUCCAGUGACGGGCUGAACCAGGUAUAUAUCAGCGUCAACAAUAUCCCUGAGACUGAGGAUCAAUUUCUACUCUGUUAUUAUAGUAACAGUCUACAAUCUGUGGUGGGGAUAAGCAAUCCCUUCAAGAUCCAGCCUCGCGCCAUCUUGCAGGAGGACCCACUGGGUGAAGCCCAACCACGGAUCUGAGCCGGGAUUAGAGGGAAUCCAGGGCGGAGGCCAGAGCUGGCAGCCAGCUCUGCUUACCACUGCCAGGAGUAGUAGGGGCCCGGCCCAGCCCCCUGAUGAGGCAGCAAGUAUCCUUCACCUCUAAGGGGGAGCUCUAGCCACACUCCUGUGCUCUCUCCAGUCCAGAUCUCUGGAACUGGCCACUUAAAUACAGGUUUUUAUUGCUGAGAUGUUAGUGAAACCAGCUAGUUUGUCAACAGUGAAGACCUGGGGACAGUACACCAGAUGUGGGAAGGACCCUCCAGCCUGCAUCUCAUUUCUUGAUUUUUCCCACGCACAUUUCCAGUCCUGCCCAAGCAGGCCUGCCAGGCACAUGCCCCACCUGGCCCAGGUCUACAUUCCUGUCACACCAUUCUGGGCCUCAGGCUGCCUGGGAGGGGGAGAUACUCACAUUUGUACAGGCUCCAUCAACUGGUUGGCACAAACAGCACUGGGUUCCAGGAUCUUGACAUCUCAUUGUCUGUCCUCCAGAGGGAUGGGCAGAGUGUCUGGGAUCCUUGCUUUGAGCAGAGCAGUAUGACUAAGUGGACAGGAUGGAGGGGCCCCACUACCCAGGCUCUUAUGUACGAGUUGUGGGCAGGUUGUUGGGUAUCUUUCUGCCUGCACCCCUUUCCCCUCAUGAGAUCUGACCCAGGAAGUUCCAGGGCCUAAGCAGAGAACUGGACCCAGGUUCACUUCUACUGGUGGAUCAGGCACCAUGCCCCCCAACCUACUCUCUUGCAAAAGAUUGGCAGGUGGUAGAGGAGCUAUGCCACAGACUUCCAGGAUGGUCUUUGCCCAGUCAAUUUCAUCUGCCCCUACCCUUGCCUAUAGUCACUGACCAGAAACCUGCCCUCUCUCUAGACCACUCUGGGACCUAGAAGUGGAGGCGCUCAGAGAAGAGAGCUGUAAUCAAAACGUUUUGGAGGAAUCUGGUCCUGGGGGUCUUCAGAGAGCAUUCUCCAGGUGCUGUGUGGACAUGGCUGUCUCGACUCUCACUACUUUCCUCAAGCUGCUGGUGACUCAGUGGCCCUUCUCCCAGGAAAAGACACCUCAGGGAGCCUGCUCUAUGACUGUCAUGCCAAUCCUACAACCUGAGACUGAUAAACACUCUAAUUGCUCUAUGUUCCAUACUCCAUCCUCAGAAGCCAUAUGUACCAUCAAACUGUCCCCCUGGCUUCUGGUGGGCCAUGGCUGUCUGUGUUCUGUCUGUUAUAUUGGGGGAUAAUUAGAAACAUGGCUUUUACA